AUGACGGAAGCCUCCGGGACAACCUCAUACCGUCAUCAAGGAGGGUUUGGUGGCAGUGGCUGUGGCAGUGGUCAAUCAGCACCGUACACACAACGCCACUUCAGUACUUCGUCAACACAAGGGUCAUACACAGUGGCGAUAUUGUUUACAGAGAGAGAGAGAGAGAGAGAGAGAGAGGAGAGAGAGAGAAGAGAGAGAGAGAGAGAGAGAGAGAGAGAGAGAGAGAGAGAGAGAGAGAGAGAGAGAGAGAGAGAGAGAGAGAGAGAGAGAGAGAGAGAGAGAGAGAGAGAGAGAGAGAGAGAGAGAGAGAGAGAGGAGAGAGAGAGAGAGAGAGAGAGAGAGAGAGAGAGAGAGAGAGAGAGAGAGAGAGAGAGAGAGAGAGAGAGAAGAGAGAGAGAGAGAGAGAGAGAGAGAGAGAGAGAGAGAGAGAGAGAGAGAGAGAGAGAGAGAGAGAGAGAGAGAGAGAGAGAGAGAAGAGAGAGAGAGAGAGAGAGAGAGGAGAGAGAGAGACGAGAAAGAGAGAGAGAGAGAGAAGAGAAGAGAGAGAUUUGGCUACCAGCGUCUUUAGCGGCCCCGAAGCUCGACGAUGCGUCCUUGUCGGAUGUGAGGAUCAAAAGGCGGAGAAGUGCGCCGCGCGAGACCGGCCUCCGCGCUGCAUUUAACACUCCCCUUGUUCCAUUUUUGAUGAAGGACGUUCCCCAUCAGCCGCUAUAA